GUCAGCCCUUCCUUCCCACUAAGUGGGGUUGAUUGGGAAGACAUAGUUUAUCGAGUUACAAAACUCGGGACUACCAAGUCAUUGGGAUCUGAUUCUGCAUUCAGCUGUUCCCAUAUUGAUACUCCCUAGGCGGUGGGAAUCGGCGUUUGCCAAAAUGCCUACUGUUCAUCUUCUCGACUAUGUCGCUGGAAACGUGCGGUCUUUGGUGAAUGCCAUCAACCAGGUUGGUUAUGAAGUUGAAUGGGUGAGAUCGCCUGGUGACUUGAAAAAUGUCGAGAAGCUCAUCCUUCCCGGCGUCGGCCACUUCGGCCAUUGUCUUACCCAGCUGUCAAACGGUGGUUACUUGCAGCCGAUCAAAGAACAUAUAGCUUCCGGGAAACCUUUUAUGGGUAUAUGUGUUGGUUUACAGGCCCUUUUUGAGGGCUCCGAGGAGGACUCCAACGUUGCUGGCCUUGGUUUAAUUCCGAUGCGCAUGCACAAGUUCAAAACUAAAACAAAGAGUGUUCCUCAUAUCGGCUGGAACUCGGCGACGAAUACCCAUCUCGGCACCUCUGGGGGGCAAAGCUUUUAUGGAUUGAGACCAAAUAGCAAAUACUACUAUGUGCACUCAUAUGCUGCGCUCUAUGAGCCAGAUGUUCUCGAGCAAGAUGGUUGGCUAGUUGCCACAGCGAGCUAUGGAGAGGAGAAAUUUAUUGGCGCCAUAGCACGAGACAAUAUCUUUGCGACACAGUUCCACCCCGAGAAGAGUGGCCAAGCAGGCUUGCGCACACUUCGCGCUUUCUUAGAUGGUACCAAGAUUCACCGUUCCGCGCCGGAAGAAUUAAGGUUGGCGGAAAGUAAGAACGGCCUUACCCGCAGAAUUAUCGCCUGCCUUGAUGUGCGCACGAAUGACAUUGGUGACCUUGUUGUAACCAAGGGCGAUCAAUAUGAUGUACGGGAAAAGAAUGAUGCGGAUGCAGGAGGACAAGUGCGAAAUCUCGGGAAGCCAGUUGAUAUGGCAAAAAAAUAUUACGAGCAAGGGGCAGAUGAGGUGACGUUUCUGAAUAUUACUUCAUUCCGAAACUGUCCAGUUGCUGAUCUCCCUAUGCUCGAAAUUCUCAGGAGGACUUCAGAGACUGUCUUUGUGCCCUUGACUAUUGGCGGUGGUAUCAGAGAUACCGUGGAUACAGACGGUACUCACAUCUCAGCUCUAGACGUGGCAACAAUGUACUUCAAGUCCGGGGCUGAUAAAGUCAGUAUUGGUUCAGAUGCCGUUACUGCCGCCGAGGAGUUUUAUGAAGCCGGCAAAGUGCUCUCUGGGAGUACGGCCAUAGAAGCAAUUUCAAAGGCAUACGGAAACCAGGCCGUCGUUGUAAGCGUCGACCCAAAGCGCGUAUAUGUGGGCAGGCCAGAAGAUACACAACACCAUACCAUAGAAACGAAGUACCCUGAUUCCACUGGUCAGACCUUCUGUUGGUAUCAAUGUACGAUCAAGGGUGGGAGAGAGACUCGGGAUAUAGAUGUCUGCCAGCUGGUGCAAGCCGUCGAAGCGAUGGGCGCGGGGGAGAUUCUACUUAACUGCAUCGACAAAGAUGGAAGCAACAGUGGGUUUGAUCUAGAACUGAUCAAUCACGUCAAGUCCGCAAUAACUAUACCUGUGAUUGCUUCCAGCGGAGCUGGUAUGCCGGAACAUUUUGAAGAAGUCUUCGAUCAAACAACAACUGAUGCCGCUCUCGGCGCUGGAAUGUUCCAUCGUGGUGAAUAUACUGUUGAUGAGGUUAAGCAUUACCUUGAUACUAAAGGUUUCCUUGUUCGAAGGUUUGAGCCUAACAUUUAGAUAAAGGUGGGUAAGAAAGGCCAUGCAUAUUUUACUGUCGUACCAAUUAGAGCUUUAGUGGAAUGAGUUUCAAGAAAUAAAAUUAGAUAUAGGCAUGGUAUAUGUAUGGCGAAGGAGUCGGGUAGAUACUGGGGUGCACCAUGCCUUUUAAACCAAUUCAUUGCUUUCAUGCUCUUCUCUAAAAAGAAAUAGAAUAAAGAAUAAAGAAUAGAAAAGAAAAGGGGAAAGGGGAAAAGACAAAUACAGAAUCACUUUCGUCGCAGUAUAAAUUUGUAUUCUUAAGGAGUUGUCUCCGAGGCUUAUUUUACUUUCGUUGAAACAUGCAUCCCUCAACUGAUGUCAAGCUGUGCGUCCAGGGGAGGGG